UAUUACGUGCCAGUUACUUUGGGUAUGCCAGUUAUCUGGUCGAUUUUACGCAGUGUGUGCAAUGACAAACUUAUCGUCUGAGAGAUACAGAUGCGGCAUAGCUUGUAUUCAGGAUUUGGAUUGUCAUCCAGGAAGUUACUUUAUUCAAAGCCUAUACUCGUUCAUCGCCUGACUGACUGAUACUGGUACAUAAACCAUGCUGCAGGUGAGGACCUGGAUUGAGCCAGUAGUUGCUGCAGCUGAGUUGGCCAGCUCUUUCUAUGACACCGCACUGCUUUUUGCAGUAAAAAAUUACUAUAACCAAUCUAUUGCAUCUCUAAAUACCUCUGAUAGCAACAAACUACAGAUCUACUUAUCAAACUUCUUCAUCAUCCACAACUUCAUCUUGAGAUUAGCACCUUUGCUUUCUGCCUAUAUUUUGGCUAAAAUUGGUGACCGGCAGAGAAGGAAGGUCACCAUAUGUGUGCCACUAUUUGGGUACCUGCUAUCCCGGAGCCUUUUGCUGCCUGUCAUCCUUUUGGAGUGGCCUGUUGAAGUAAUGUUUGGGUCUGCUGCUAUAAAUGGUAUAACAGGAUGGUUCACAACCUACUGGGUUGGUGUUAUGGCCUUGGCUUCUGAAGGUUCAUCAGAACAGACACGCUCUCUGAAGUUCAUCGUCAUUGAGCUGGUGUAUGGAAUAGCUGGCUUUAUUGGUAGUUUAUCCUCUGGACAUAUUUUUGUGAGCUGGGAAAUGACAAGCCACCAAGGUACAACCUUAGUAAUAUGCAGCCUUCUGCUUUAUGUCUUCUGUUUAGUGUAUGCUAUUUUUGUAUUAAAAGUACCCCAGCAUGGAAACCCAGGAGUCAAUACAGGAAAUCUUCGACGUACCUCCUCUGCAGAGCCUACUGAAAGUUCAAAUCUUCUGGGAGAAAGAGGUGAAGAGUCAUCAUUCUUUGGGACACUACCACAAGGCUUUAUCGCACUUUUUUUCACUAGUGCCAUAUUGUACAAUAUUGCUGUUGACGGAUCUGUUGACGUGCUUUCUUUCUUUUUGCUGGACACACCUUUUAGCUUCAACCCUAAAUACAUUGGUUAUGCUAAUGCAGCUGGCUAUAUGAUAUUUAUCACCAGCUUUUUAGCAGUGUUCAUUUUAUCCAGGUGGUUUAAGGAUGUCACUCUGAUUCUUAUUGGCAUAAUAUCCUUCUCGUUUGGAGUAUUCAUUAUGGCAUUUGUGCGAAAGACAUUCUUAUAUUUUAUAGCCCGUGGCGUAAUGAUGUUUGCACUAAUACCAAUUCCAACUAUAAGGUCUGUCUUAUCUAAACAUAUACAAGUAUCAUCUUAUGGUAAAGUAUUUGUUGCUCUCCAGCUGCCAUUAACCAUUUCAGGGCUGUUGACAUCAGUUGUAUUCAUUAAGAUUUAUCAAGCCACUCUAAACACAUUCAGUGGAACCUGUUUUAUUCUAUCUGGGAUCAUAGCAAUUGCCAGCCUCAUUCCUAUCAGUGUUUCUGCAUAUAAAUAUUCAAUGCUCCAUGCCAUCAGAAGAGACUGAACAGAAUGCACCGAAUUCUAUAAAUAUUACAAACUUAUCAUUUGUAUGUACGGUACAUUUUGAUGUGUAUUAUAAUGUGAUGUACUAAACAUGUAUAUGAAAAAUGGAUGUAAGAAAUCUUUGUAUAUAUUUCAUGCCAAUAAUGUGAAAUAAGAGAAUAAAAGACA